AUGCACCCGCAGGAGUUUACUCACACCGCUUUGGAGACAUUUCAGGACGAUAUCUUUCGUCCAGGUGGUCGAAUCUUCGUGCCCGCAUGUCCAGAAAUUCACACUCACGAGAGAGUGAGGCGCCACAUCUUCGAUCUGUGUCCCAGAGCCGUUGUUGUCGUGUUGAACGGGGAAGAGAAGAGUCUGGUGUGGCAUGCACGUUCCAGAGAGACCAGAUCCGUCGAGGCUUCGGAAACGACUGCAAGAACACUGGAUCUCCGCAAGUUCACCCUCGAAAAAGCGGUGAAGGCAGACAGAUCUGAAGAACCGAGGCCGCCUCCGCAACAAGCGCCAUUGGAAGUCUCGGAUAAAAUCGCGCUUGCGAUGGAGAGAUAUGGGCUCGAGGAUCGGCCGCUCCUGAUUACCGGCUACAUCUGUGUCGGCAUGGGGCAAACGUUGUUGAACGCCCAGAAAAUGGGCAAUUUCACCCAUGCAAUUCUUCCCUCGCGGGAAGGCAUGCGCAACUUGUUCAUGAAGACGACUCCAGAGGUGCUGUAUCAGGAAGCAGGCCGUGUCACAGGGCGGAAGCACCAGAAUCGUACUCAAAUAUUAUGUCCGCCGAGCAUUCGUGACAACUUCGUACGAGAGGAGCAAAAAGCGAUUGCUGUGAUGGAUCAUGCUCGUGGAGGAGACCCACAUCCUGUUCUUCGGUUGCGUCAGGAGAAGCCAUAAAAAUAAUUGACUCGUGAUCAAACUUGACGGGUUCAAGUGUCGUGUUGCAUCCGUCUACGUAGUUGUUGUUGUUGAACAAGGAAAUUGAUUCACAUUGUUAAUUGAUUUAUGGCGAUCCUGAGCAACAAGCAGGGAUCGACGGAAUGAGAAUUAGCAUUUGUCGAUAAUGCACGAAGCCGAUACAUAAUCUGUCAUUUUUGAAUAUUUCAUGCGUAGUCCUCUCAAACUAACUCAACAGGAGAUAGGAUCAUGGAGGUAACUCGGCGUACGUAAACAAGAGAAAAAUUUUGAUGGGAAAAUGAACAGAGGGCAGCGUUUGCCAUUUAUGAUGCCGCCUUUUGCUUCGCACAAGUAGAACAUACUACUCAGGCCUUCAUCUUUACGUGGCAAAACGCACAGGUAUCGAUGAAGUCAAAUUUCCUUGUGAUUCAACAAAAGUGUUAUCUAUGUUACUGAAAUCUGGACAAACGAGAAAGUUGUACUUGAGCAUAAGCUAGGGCAGAAAAUGUUCUCUGAUAGUGCCACAUGAAUAGAUCCGUCCUGAGCCACAGCUGACGAAGAUGAGGCGUUUG